GUGACCUAUGACAGAAGAAGGUUGUGAAAACGUGUGUGCACGGCCGACUGACUGUGUCUAGGACAAACAGUGCAAAAUCAUGUCUGUGAACUUGAGUCUGGUAGCUGUAGCUAGCCGACAACUUCUUCAAGCUGCCAGACGAUCAGCUGAAUGUUUGAGCCUCCAACAAAGACGGACCACCUACGUCUUGAAGAGAUCUCACCCACUCCGACUCUUAAAGGAGGGACAUGAACACCGGCUGAAGAAAAUGAACAAAGUCUACGAGCUGGUGGAAGAAACGUCUUCCCGGGACGCUAAACGCAAACUCGAGCUUAUCCUCACGGAAGAUGUGCCAAAAAUGGGGAAGAGAGGAGAUGUGGUACACGUCAGAAAACAGAUCGGGAGAAACAAGCUUCUGGCCACGGGACUGGCCGUGUAUGCUUCACCGGAGAACAGGCAGAUGUUCCAGGACAGGAAGGAUGAAGAUCCGUCGCAGCGUAAACUCUCUAUGACUGCAGAAAAGACUCUGGAGUACCUGUCCCAACAGACCCUGACCAUAUCUGUACGGGACGACUGGCCGGAGGGCUGGGUCAUGACCAAGGAACAUCUCGCACACUGGAUGAAAAGAAAGCUGCUUGUAGUGGCCCCUCCACACACCAUCACAUUACCUGAGGAGCCUGUGGACAGGAUAGGAUCUUACACCUUCACAGUUACAAUAAACGAGCUGGAAUCAGUCGAGGUGAUGUUAGAGAUGGUACAACACGUCCCAGCUGGAGAAGUCUCACAGAUCUGAAGAAGAUAACAUCUAAGAACAAUGUAGCCUACAAUACUGCAAUUUCUUCAGUCCUGGAUUUGGGGUGGAAAGUUAAAUGGAGCAGGCAAGAAAAAAAAGAUCCCAUGAUGGACUCCUAUGUGCCACUUCCGCUGUACAGAAACUUCUGAUGCAUGAAUAGAGUCUACAGACAAAAUUUAAAAAAAACUCUCCCAGUUAGAGACAUUUCAUCAAAUCUUGAACAACCAAAACAACCAGCUACAGACAUAGGAUGAAGGAGAAUUCUUUUUACACAACCAGUUGGUACUUACAUUGCUUACGUCUCGAUGUCUCUCAGGCACCUUUGUCAGAGCUUCUAACUGGAGUUCUGCUUCUCACCGCUAUAUGUAGCCGAUGUAGGUGUCGCAUUUGCGGUGAGAAAACAUUCUCCUUCAUCCUAUUUUCUACCAAUCUGAUGAAACUAUUUUCAGCAGCUACAGACAUUUCUCAACUGUCUGUGUGAAGUGGGAACCGUCCAUACAAACUGCAUAGAAAUGUUUGAUCAUUCUACAUAUACUCAUACAUGUAUACUCAUGAAUAACAACCAAUAAACUUUGGAAUAGUUUAUUGAAGGCAA